GGUGAAGUCAUAUAUUACAGACAAGGGUGUUUGCUGUAUUUAUGUUGGCAAUCCUGUACAGUGCACUCUGCACUGUGUUGUAAGGAAGAAGAAGAGCGGGAAUACAGCAACACGAGCCCGAAACCCACCUGUGCUCACCUGAAAGCUCCCACACAAAGAUCAGCAUGGCAAACAGAGGUCCUGCCUACGGCCUGACCCGCGAGGUACAGAGUAAGAUUGAAAAGAAAUACGACCCGGAACUGGAGGAAAGGCUGGUGGAGUGGAUCAUCGCCCAGUGCGGCCCCGGCGUCGGCCAGCCUGAGCCAGGCAAGACUGGAAUCCAAAACUGGCUCAAGGAUGGACGUGUGCUGUGUGAGCUCAUCAACAGCCUGCAUGCAUCCAACAAGCCGAUCCGCAGCGCCAAGCCCUCCAGCACGGCGUUUAAGCAGAUGGAACAAAUAGCAUUGUUCCUCAAAGCAGCGGAAAACUAUGGAGUGACAACAACUGACGUGUUUCAGACUGUAGACCUGUAUGAAGGCAAGGACCUGGCUGCUGUCCAGAGGACCCUGAUGGCUCUGGGUAGCUUGGCUGUCACAAAGAAUGAUGGGUGUUAUAAAGGAGACCCCAGCUGGUUCCAUAAGAAGUCCCAGGAGAACAGAAGAGAAUUCUCAGAGGAACAGCUGAGCGAAGGCAGAAAUGUCAUCGGCCUGCAAAUGGGCACAAACAAAGGAGCAUCUCAAGCUGGAAUGACAGGCUACGGACGACCCAGGCAGAUCAUCAACCAGCCCUGAAUCCGAGCGGUGGUUAAACUCUCCAAGACACUCCUUCUCCUGCCCUCUGAAAGGCCUGGAGGACGGAGAAACUCUGACUCUUACUUUGGACAUCAGGGGAAAUGUAACCUGACUGUUUUCAAGGCUAAACUGGACCAAAACAGGGACCAACGAGAACAUGCGCACAUAUACAACACACUUCAUAUUGAGCACACAUACAUAGACACCUUUGACAAUACAAGUACAAAAAUUUGACCAUUUUACCUAGUAAAUUGUACAUUGUAUUUUUCUGAAAGGAUCAUUCCAGUUGUUUUGCAUGUUUUACUAACAAAUCAGACGUGCUUUACAUUACUGCAAACCAGAUUUUAGAUUUCCUCCCUUCCAGACAUCCAGAGCUUUCAGUCUUUUCAGUCCACUAUAAAAAAUCAACUUGCUACUUGCUUGAGAAAAGUAAUCCAUCACGUUCAAUAUUCAGUUUGCUUUAUUCUUUACUUCAACAGCUACGUUAUUGCAGCACGCAGUCAGGAACUCUUCUCACAGCUUGACCUAUUGAUGCAUUCAAGGACACUCCGAUGUCUGAGAUUUGAGAAUUUUUAAUCAAUGAAACUACCAAAUCAAUUAUCUGUUUACAGUGUCCUUGGUUGGUUUUUGUUUACCUGCCAGCGUUGCUCUUCUGACAACACAGCUAUCAAUUCUUGAUGUCAGGGUGUCCUUGAAUGCACCACCAAGGAGAGUUUUGAAAAGGUUUCCUGCUCAAAACUGCAGUGCGACACAGCUACAAACUUUUAACAAAAGUGUGAUGAAGACAAAAUUGAUUGUUAAAUGUGAUAGAUAACCUAUCUCAAGCAAGUCUCAAGUCUCAUUUAUUAUGUACUUAAAUGAGCUGAGACAAGUGGCAGCCUGGGUAAUAAGUGUGUGGAGUGCUGUGGUUCACAAUAAUGUUGAGCACAAAAUUUGAAGUCAAUAGAUUACAAGAAGCAAAUCCGACGAUACAGUCAAGUAUAUGUUAGAAAGUGAAUUGUACGGUUUCAAAAAGUUUAAAGAAAAACAUAAAAUACAACCAUGUGUGUUUUACCUAUUACACAAUCUGCAGUUAGAUGAUCUCAGUUUACUAAUCUCUGUCAAUGUGUUGGACCUUCUUUUUAGAGUUUAAUGCAUCAUUUAUAAUGAUGGUUUUUGGAAUAAAGUUCGAUUUACCUGUAAA